AUGGAUCACAUCUUGCAAGUCAUCCAGAAUAAACUCAUCUGCUCCAUCUGUAGAAACUGCUUUGUAGACCCCAUCACCAUUAACUGUGGGCACAGCUUUUGUAGGCCCUGUUUCAACCUCAACUGGCUGAACAGGUCAGUUCUUGCUCACUGCUCUGAAUGCCAGGAAGCAAUCCAGGAGGAAGACUUUAAAACAAAUGUCACUCUCAAGCAAAUUGUUCUCAUUGUCAGAAAAGCCAGUCUGUGGCAAUUCCUGCACUCUGUGGGAAAUGAGUGUAUGAUACACAUGGAGGCAAAGCAGAUCUUCUGUGAGGAGCAGAGGAGCCUGCUCUGUACGCAGUGCUCUACCUCCCAGGAGCAUGGGGCUCACAGACAUGGUUCAGCAGAAGAGGCGGCUGAGCAACUCAGGGAGAAACUACUCGAGAUAAUGGGAUUUUUAUGGGAGAAAUAUUGUCUAAAUGACAGAAACCUGAAGGUAGAAACUGCCACAAUCAGAUCUUGGGAGACUUAUGUGAUCUCAAAGGGGAGUGCGGUCAGAGGUGUUUAUAAGAAUCUGCCUUCAUAUUUCUAUCUGGAAAAGGAUUAUUAUUUAGAAAAACUGACAAAGGAAGCCAAUAUGAUUUCUGGCCAACUCAGAGACAAUGGAGCCAGGAUGAUAGAGAAGAGGGAGCUUUUAAUAGAAAUGUAUACAGAGAUGAAGGAAAUGUGCCAUAAACCAGAUGUAGAGAUGCUCCUGGAUUUUGGAAAUAUAUUGUUCAGGGGUGAGUUGUUAUGUAUAUACACACCCCAGCCCCUGAAACCAGAGCUCACUGUAGAGAGCAUCACGUGGCUGAUUGAAACUUUCAACUUCUUCAAAGUGAAUAUCACUCUGCAGCAUAGAAGUACUCCUGAUCAUGUCUUCCUACAAGGAGAUUUGAUAAACCUGAGAGUUGGAUGUGGUUCUCAAGGUGCACCAUAUACCUCUCCACUAGCUGAGUGUUUUUAUCACUGGGAUGCUCAGACUUUUACCACUGGGAGACAUUACUGGGAGAUAGCAGUGGGAGACACUUGUGAUUGGGCUUUAGGAGUCUCUUGUAAUGAUUGGGUACAGGAGAAUGUACAUCUCCAUAAGGCAUUCUAUCUUCUUGGCUGUGCUGAAACGGACAUGCACCACAAGGUCUUCACCACCUCCCCACAUUUACUGCAAUAUGUGCCCAGACCUACUGGCCGAGUAGGGAUAUUCCUGGAUUAUGAAGGACCACUGAAUGCUGCUGAUUCUGUGUCCAGAGCUUUGGAUUUCGGGACCUGGGAGGCCGAAACUGUGCAGAAAGCAAUUCACAUGGACAGGCUGCCCAAGGAAACCAGGGAAUGA